CAAAUACUCUUGCUAGCAUUUGCUUUCACAUUUUCUCGUUACCCUUGAAGCUACAACCCUACUUGCAAUAUAACAUUGCUCAAAUGGCACCUCAGAGCAACGUGCUCAGUUACUCAACCGAUCCUAGCAUCUCGGAAAUCUCCUCUCCAGCAGAAGAUAUCGUCUACUGACCGCGGCAAUGACGAAGUUACAGACGAGCCAGAGAGGUGGUUGUCUACAAAACAAGUGAUACACAAAAUAUGACCGUCCUCUUGAAUACUGGUCUGCAAAGAGGUCUGAGUAUCCGCGAGUGGCGAAAUGGCGAUUGACGUUCUCUCGGUUCCAGCAAUGGCUUCCGAGUGAGAUGACCUUCUCUUCCGCUGGUAGUAUGGUUUCGCCCAAGAGGUCGCGCUUAGAUGCAAGCACAAUUGCCGUCACUCAGACGGCAAGAUCAUGGUUACGGGCUGGUCUACUAGAAGGGUACGAAAGAUUGCUGAAGGAGGUGGGCGGCGACGCGGCCGAGAGUCAGCCGACCGUCUAUCUACUGAAUCUAUCUACAUCUACAUGUAGCCUACAUCUAUCUAUCUACAUUGCAAAUUAUGACUAAGCAUCUACAUCUAUCUACAUGAGGCGCCGGUAGAUAGAUGUAGAUAGAUUCGCCAGCCUGACUGGACGCCACGUGAACAAAAGGUGAACUGUACGUAGAGCUUAAACAAGAUACACCCGAGUGGGG